UCCAUUAAAAUAUACAGUUCUGAAACUAAAAACAUAGACAAAGUUCCAGGAAUCGAAAUAAUUGAAAGUACGACAAAAGUGCACAAAGUGUCAAGUAUGAGACGAAUAUUCGAUUUGGCAAAACUUCGAACCAAAAGAUCAGCACUUUUCCCAGCUGUUAACAUCUGUCCACAGGAAUCCUUGAGACAGAUUUUAGCGAGUCUUCAAGAUUAUUAUAGACUGAGAGUGUGUCAAGAAAUAGUGUGGGAAGCAUAUCGGAUCUUUCUGGAUCGCAUUCCAGACACAGAGGAAUAUCAAGACUGGGUCAGCAUCUGCCAGAAGGAGACCUUCUGCCUCUUUGACAUUGGGAAAAACUUCAGCAACUCCCAGGAGCACCUGGAUCUUCUUCAGCAGAGAAUAAAACAGAGAAGCUUCCCUGGGAGAAAAGAUGAAAUAACCUCAGAAGAGACACUGUCAGAGCCUACUGAAACCCCUGAGUUAUCCACAGAUGUUGCCAGCAUGUCGAUGAGGCCCUUCCCACUCCCUCUUGAUGACACAGCUCUCAACGAGAUUCUCAGUGGCACCCUCAAAGACAUCCAGAAGCCCACAACAGAAAUCAAAACAGAACCCACUCAUGUGUCUGAAAUCUCACCAGAGGAGAAGGUGGAGUUCAGUAUCUCUCUGCCAAACCACAGGUUCAAGGCAGAGCUCACCAACUCUGGAUCCCCAUCCUAUCAGGAGCUGGUGGGACAGUCCCAACUGCAGUUGCAAAAGAUAUUUAAGAAACUUCCAGGGUUCCAAGAAAUCCAUGUGUUAGGAUUUGGACCAAAGAAAGAAGGAGAUGGUUCAAGCUCCACAGAAAUACAACUUAUGGCCAUCUUUAAGAGAGACCAUGAAGAAGUAAAAGGCCCUGCAAGCGAUCUCCUGUCCCUUGAUUUCAACAAAAUUGAAAAUGAAAGACUCCAUCAUGGAACCAUAGAAGACAAGCAACCGGAAAUCUACCUCACAACUACAAACCUCAAAAAACUUAUCAUCCAACUACUAGACGAAGACCAUUCCUUGGAUGUGGGGACGAUUCAGUUCAGUGAUGAAGUUUCUGGAUCAUUGUCAGUCUCCAAACCUGUCACCCAAUCAGGGCUGCCCAAGCCCCUUGCUGACAUCACUGAGGAUGCUACACCAAGUCCAGAAUUUCUUCUCAGUGAGCCUGGGUUUGAGGCAGUGGACAGAGAAGGACCUGAUCUUCCUGGCAUGUCCUCCAAAGACAGCUCUUGGUCUCCACCUGCAACCACCUCAACAUCCCUCUCAGAAAAUCAACCUUCUUUUACCACACCUAGCAUCUUCUCUCUGGCUGGUCAAAGCUCCCCUCACUUGAUGACCACUGGCCAAACAAUACUUGACCCUGGGCUCAUGCUACCCACUAGUGACUAUUCUACUACCGUCAGCCAGUUGCCUCUAGAAAUGUCACAUUGGCCUGCAUCCUCCAGUGUCAUCCAGUUCAUCACAAAAAGCCAAGACACAAUCAGAGACCUAGAGGAAAUGGAUGUAUCUGACACCCCUACCUUAUCAGAAGUAUCAGGACUGAGUGGAUAUGAUUCUGCCCUGGAUCAUUUUUUGGAGACAACCACACCCAUGCCAAUACAGUACAUCACCACCAGCUCUGAGACCAUUGCUAGCAAGGGCCACGAGUUAGUGGUAUUCUUCAGUCUUCGAGUUGCUAACAUGCCUUUUUCCUAUGACCUAUUCAACAAGAGCUCUCUGGAGUAUCAAGCGCUGGAACAACGAUUCACAGACCUGCUGGUCCCAUAUCUACGGUCCAAUCUUACAGGGUUUAAGCACCUGGAAAUACUCAGCUUCCGAAAUGGGAGUGUGAUUGUCAACAGCAGAGUGCGUUUUGCAAAGGUGGUACCUUACAACCUCACCCAGGCGGUGCGUGGGGUGUUGGAGGAUCUCCGAGCCACUGCAGCUCAACAACUCAAUCUGGAAAUUGACAGCUACUCUCUCAACAUUGAACUAGCUGAUCAGGCGGAUCCCUGCAAAUUCCUGGACUGUGGCAAAUUUGCCCAGUGUGUAAAGAAUGAGUGGACACAGGAAGCAGAGUGUCGCUGCAGACAGGGGCAUGAGAGCCAUGGGACCCUGGACUUCCAGGACCAGAAUCUCUGUCCCCCUGGAAAGACAUGUGAGGUCCACCAAGGACAGGCAGCUCCAUGCAGGCAACCAGAUCACUUUACAAACGAAGCCCACCAAUUUAGGGUUAAAAAGUUACGUCAGCAAAACAAGGUAGCCAAGAAAAGAAAUUCUGAACUAUCUGCCAUAGGGCUUGAAGAAUUUGACCAUCAGGAUUGGAACAGAAAUUAA